AUGAGUUUUUAUGAUUUAAGGCCUAAACUUAAUGGUCAGGAAUACGGUUUUGAUCAAUUAAAAGAUAAAGUUGUCUUGGUUGUGAAUGUAGCAUCUAAGUGUGGUUUCACAUCACAAUAUGAAGGCCUUGAGAAACUUUAUCAGAAAUAUAAAGAUUCCGGCUUUGAAAUUCUUGCAUUUCCAUGUAAUCAAUUUGGAAAUCAAGAACCUGGGACCAAUGAAGAAAUCGUUGAAUUUUGUUCAUUGAAAUAUCAAGUAACCUUCCCUGUUUUUGAUAAAAUUAAAGUCAAUGGAAAUGACGCUGAUCCUGUCUAUGUAUUUCUUAAAUCUCAAAAGAAAGGUUUACUUAACAUUUCAAAAAUAAAAUGGAAUUUCGAAAAGUUUUUAAUAAAUAAAUCAGGAGAAGUUGUAAACCGCUAUUCUUCUUUAACAAAACCAGAAAAUAUUUCUUCUGAUAUUGAAAAGCUUUUGGCUUAA